AUGCGCCAUUUCGAAAUGCCUUUGUAUCUGUUUUCUAAAGAACAUCAAUUUGAUCAAAUCAUAUAUGAACGUCGUUUAAAUGUUCUCGUAUUUACUGUCUGUUGGUCGUUGGGUUCGAAAAUGAUUCUACCAACAAUAUACGAUCUUUCUCGAGAACAACAUCUUGUUCAUGUUAAUGUUUAUCGUGUUGAUUUAGAUGAGCACACUAAUCAAUCGACACAAUAUUUAAAUAUCACAACAAUACCGACCGUUCAAUGGUAUUUUCAUGGAAAUAAAGUUGAUGAAUCGAUCGGCGUAGAUACUGAGCAAUUGAUCAAUAAAACAUCCCAUUAUGCUAAAGCAAACAAACUUCAUGAUCAAUUACGAACGAAACGAAAAUCAACAUUCGAUCAUUUGCAUUCUCUCAUUCAUUCAACUAUGUAUUCAAAUCGAAAACUAGUUAUUGAUUUCUUGGUUUCCGUCUUCGCUACAUUCAUCUUAUGUACAACCAUUUUGUCGAUUUCAACAGCGAACUGGAAUAUCGACGCAAAUCAGCAUCGUGUCGGCCUAUUUCAAAGAUGUGUACAUAAGUCAUCCUGUAGUAUCAAAGAAUUGCACCGAACAGUAACAUUAUUAGCAUUGUUUACAGUUGUUCUUCUUGUCACAAGUACACUUGCGUCAUUUCUAUUGAUGGGUUCAACAACGGAUCAACAAAAUCGAUGUUAUAUACUUGUACCACUAGCUUUAUUCGGUGCAGGUACUGCAAUGACACUAUUAUUUAUGAAAGUUCAUGAACAAAUCUAUGUUAAUAGUUACUCUGCAUUCAUUUUUCUCAUUGAUACUGUGCUUGCUCAUGUGCUAGGCGGUGUUUCAAUAUUGCAUGGUAGCAUGUUUUAUUUCUAA